AUGUCAGGAGAAAAUACUAUUGAUUUAAAAGAAUACGAGAACUCACCACUUAUGCCUAAAUUUAAAGAGCUAAAUGAAAAGUUAGGUAGUCCUGAAGAAGUUAAAAAAUUGGAAAUUGACUUAAUGAUGUUUUAUGAUGAAAAAAUAAAAAAUGUUCAAAAACAAUGCAAGGAUUUAGUUGACAAGGUUAGACAAACUAGAGAUGAAACCAAAAAAGAAAAUCAGGAGUUAAAAAGUGCAAUCCCUUUAAUGAGAGAAAGCGUUGAUAAAGAGAAAAAGUAUUACCAAGAGCAAUACUUGAAAAAAGAAGCAGAGACCAGUGCUCAUAAAAAAAGAGUUGAAGAGAUUGAACUUGAAAAAAAAUUAAUAGAAGACCAAUUGAAUAAAUUACAAGAAGAAAAACAAGAAACUGAUAAGGAAAGAGACUUAGCAGUUGAUGAAGUGAUAGAGUUAAAAGAAGAGUUAAAAAAAGAAAGGUCUGAUCUUGCUAACUUUAAAUAUAAAAACGAAACGUUAGAAGUUCAAUUAAAAGUUGAAAAGAAAAACAGAACAGAAGAAGUUGCAGAGUUAAAAAGCCAAUUUAAUAAAAAUCAAAGGGUUAAGAAAGAAUCAGAAAACAAACUUAAUAAAGAAAUAGAAAAUUUAAAACAGAAAAACAUAGAGCUAACUAAAAGUUUAGAAGAAGAAAAGAAAAAAAAAGAAGAUGCUAAAGAAAUAGUCAGAGCAGAGUUAACUGCUUCUUUUAAGAAAAUGUUGCAAUUAGUUAAAGAAGAAAAAGAAAAAACUUACCAGAUUGAAGUUAAGCAAUUAAAAAGAGAAAUUGAAGAGUUAAAAAAGAGAAAAGGAAAUGAGAUGAGAAACGAAAUUCAACCAUUGAAAAGAAAAAUUGAAGCAAUGGAACUUGAAAAAAAGGAGGAGGAAGAAAAUCAUAAAAAAGAAAUAAACGAUUUUGAAUUACAAAAACAAAAAGAAAUAAAUGAAACAAAAGAAAUGUUGGGACGUGAGAUUAACCAAUUAAAACUUGAAAAAGAAAAUACAGAAUACAAACUUGGUAUUGAAUUAAAAGAGCAAAAAGCUGAAAUAAAAAAAUUAAAUCAAAAAAUUACUGGUAAAGAAAUGAAAGAAAACAAAUUGUUAAAUCAAAUAGAAUUCGUUAAAACAGAAAUAUCCAAAAAAGAAAAAGAGAUUGAUGAGAGGAAGAAAGAAGAAGAAAAACUCAAAAUAGAAAUUGAAAGUACUAAACAAGAAAAUAAACAAUUAACAGAAGAACUAAAACUUAAUGAAAAAACUCUUCAAGAAACUAUUAAUCAAAAAGAUAGAGAACUUAAAAAAGUUAAUGAUGAAUUAUCUCAAAUUAAAGAAGCUAAUGAAAAAAUUGCAUGUGAACUUUCUGAAGAGAAAACAAAUAACAAGAACCUUGAAAAUGAAAUAACAAACAUUAAAGAAGAAAAAAAACAGAGAGAAGAUGAAGUGAUAUCACUUAAAACUCAAAUGACAGACAUAAUAAAUAAAAAUAAUGCGUUAUUAAAAGAAGAACAGUCCAAACUUAAUGACUCUCAAAAAGAAGUGAAAAGGUUAAGUCAAAAUUUAGAAAAAGUUAAGGAUGAGACAACCAAGAUUUUAUUAGUUGUUGAUCAAAUGGAAAAAGAAAUGGACACAUUUACUAUUUGGAUUUCUUUAGAAGAAAGUUUUUUGGGAACCCAAAAAACUAUUCAAUUAAAACAUGGAUUGGUAACGGAAGAGUUACUUAUCCCUAUUCCAAGUGGAAUUAAAGAUAAAGAACAAGUGAAAGUCGGAGAUUACACAUUUACUAUAAGAAUUUUCCCACACAAAUAUUGUUGGAGAGAAGGUGAUGAUUUAUAUAUCAACAUUAAGGGUUGUGAUUUUUUCACUCAUCCUAGUGGAAAGAAAUUUUCUGUUAUCAAUGAAAUGCAUAAAACAAACAAGUAUCUUUUAAAAACAAAUGGAAAUGACCAUUGGGGGUACAACAAAAUAGGUGAUUGUUAUUUAGUCAAAGAAAGACCAGAAGAAAAAGAAUCUAUUAGUAAUAAAGUAGAGGAAUUAAAGACACAAUAUCUUGAUGAAAAAAAUACGUUAAUGCAAGUUAUUAAAAAGACUCAACAAGUACUUCUCGAGGAUUACAAUGUAAAAGAAAAUGAUCUCAAAAAGCUUUAUGAAAAUAAAUUACAACAAGUCAAUAAAAAAGAAAAAGAAAUUAAUGAUAAAGAAAUUCAAAUUAAUAAUAAAGAGAAACAAGUUAAUGACAAAGAAAAACAAGUCAAUGAUAAAGAGAAACAAAUCAUUGAUAAAGAAAAAGAACUUAGUGCUAAAGAAAAACAAGUUGAUAAUAAAGAAAUUCAAAUUAAUAACAAAGAAAUUCAAAUUAAUAAUAAAGAAAAACAAGUUAAUGACAAAGAAAGAGAAAUCAAUGAUAAAGAAAGAAAAAUUAAUGAUAAAGAAAGAAAAAUUAAUGAUAAAGAAAGAAAAAUUAAUGAUAAAGAAAGAGAAAUAAACCAAAAAAAAGAACAAUUAGAUACACGUACAAAGGAACAAGAACAAAGUCUAAAUAAGAAAUUAGAAGUAGUUUAUAAUAAGGAAAAACAACUCAACCAAAAAAUAGAUGAAUUCAAAACAAAAGAGACUAGAAUCAAACAACAGCAAGAGAGUCUUGAAAGAGAGAAAGAGGCUAUUAAAAAACAAAAUGAAGUACUGAUCAAGAAAUUAGAAACAAGUAUUAACAUUGUCAGUGAAGAACAAAAAUCAAAAUGGACUAAUGAUUUAGCGAUUUUUGAGACAAACAAAGACACGUUAAAACAUCAUAUAGAAUAUACAUUGAAUAAACAACUUGAUGGAAAAGGAAAUGUUGAAGAAAAAGUAAACAAGUUAUUUGAUGAGUUGUCUCAAAAAACACAAAUUCUAGAGGACGUUCAAGCCAUUUUAAAAAAGAAUAAAAGUAAGGUAGUUGUUAGUUCUCUAAUUAUUGCGGCAGGUAUUUUUGCUAUUUUUGUAGGUAUUUUUAUUAGCUUUACUAACACUGAUGAUACUGGUAAUACUGGUAAUACUAAAACUAGUUAA